CUGCCUACUGGUCACAUACAGUGCGGCACAAUCUCGUGUUGGUCUAGUCAUUUGUUCACACACAGAGGAUGGAGUAAAACUGAAAGGUCAUUCCAGUUGAUAGAGGUUUGGGAGUUGAAGCCAGUCCCUGUACUCUCUACAUCAUAAAUUCAGCUGUUCAGAGUUUUAAAUGGGAAAUUACAUUGUGUGAGAUGUUUAAGACUUGACAUUUUUUUAUUUGGAUUUAAUAUGGUUUAUAGACAACUGAACUAAAGUCUUUGGAUUUUAUACAGUGAGUGAUGCCAUGAUGGGGACAGAUUGGAAAUUGAUGUUGGAUGUUGUGGAAAUGGUUUAGUAGUUGAAGGAGUAUUAACAUCAUCUGUACUAGAACUUUGUGAGUGAUCUGCAGAAGAACACAAUGGUUUGUCAGCAGACUGAAAACUAUAGCUUGAUGAAGGAAGCAGAAAGUCUUAUGAAGAGCCAUGCCAACUAGUUUCCAGUCAGAUGGGCUGUCCGGGGUACAAAACCUGUGUGUUUCAAUGAAGCCUCCACCAUUUCCACCAUGGCUGACGGAAAGCAAGGUGGCCACCUUGAAAAUGGACUGUUCCAGUUACCGGGUGUAUGAAGAAUUGUGCAUAUAUGGAAGAGGAGCAUUGGUUAGCAUUGCUCAGAUUUCUACACUGCCACCAGAUACUACUAAUAUCACUACAGACAGCACGGUUAAUACGACUGUCGACUUGAACACUACCGAUUCAUCCACUCGGAGAAACGUCACUGGCGAUGUAGAGUUCCUAACUAACUCUCUGAAGGAAUCCUCAGCCGUUGCAUAUCAGUGGAUUGGGCCUGGGUUUGUUUUAUCAUUGGCUGCAAUCAUGCUGGUCUGCACCAUAAUGUUUUACAUAUGGCACAAAACACAUAAGAAAAAAAUUGCAAUGGUACCACAGAAUAACAUUGAUUACAACUACCUACAUCGCAAGGCAACUCAGAAAAUCAACUGGAAUGAUGCAGACUCUGAGUGUGCCAAUGGUGUUAACAACAUGCAGAAGAAGGCUCCAGUGGAGCUCUGUGUCAGGGCACUGGUUAAACAAGGAACAGUCCACGAUGAAGACUUGUUCAUGCCAGCGUUCUGUGAAACAAAGGACAACUUCAAAGACGACACUAUGUGUCUGAAGGCGAAGGUGAUUCCUCCAGAGGAUGUGCUGGAAGUGACUUUGACCUCACAGGAUACGUCUGCCCAUCCCGACAUAAAAACACUGGAACAAAAUUUUCAUCCUUCUCCGUGUAAUAAUACUGCCGAGUCGGCAGUCACGAUGAAAUGGGGUAGAACUUGUAGUAGUGACGACACACUGCCAUAUACAGGCACAGUUUCUGUGCCAGGACUGUCGAGAACUGUGGAGACUGGGUAUGUUAACCCUGCCUACGACGAAACUGAAUCGCUGAAAGAAGGACGGUCACCAAAGAAAAAAGGUUUCUUCGGUUGGCUGUUUUGAAUCUGUGUUUAUGAAAUUAUCCAAGAGUCAUGCAAACUGUUGUCAGUUUGAGGCCAGACUCUUAAAUUGUUUUAUAAGCAUGGGUCUCAUAAUUAGGGAUCAAUGUGCCAAUUGUAUUCAGCAUAUAUUAUAUAAUCAUUAUACUUGUACAUAAGUGUAUGUUUAUUAUUUUCUAUGUAAAAUGUACAGCUUUUUACAUAAAUUACUUCCUAAACUAUAUGCAUAAAGUGGGUCAAGUGUUUAUUUAUUUGUUUUGCCUGUUUAUAGUUCCAUAAUUGUUUCCAUUCAAAAUAUUUGUAGUUUUUCAAAUAUCUUUGCAAAAUAAUUUCUUGCUUGAAAUUGUAUUGUAUGCUAACAAAGUUUAAGAAUAGCAAGACAUUUUUUUUUCAAAUAAAAAAAUUAAAAAAGUGGGAAAAAGAAAAUGUUAAUUUUUUUACCACUGAUGAAAAAGAAGGAAGGAAAUGUUUUAUUUAACGACACACUCAAC